UAUGGGUCCUCUGUGUAGUUCCUGGUCCACGUCGGUCUGGAUCCGAAUGAGUAACAGGAUAAAAACAGUCACCGAUAAGCGAGCAAGAGACCAGUAGACACAAUUUCCCCAGAUAUUCCCCAAAACAUGCCCCUGCAAGAUUUGCUUACCGCUUUCUGAGAGAUCGGAGCCCCUUCAGAGGAUCUCAGGAUGUCUUGGUUUGUUGAUCUUGCUGGGAAGGCAGAGGACUUCCUCAAUAAAGUGGACCAGGGUGCAGCCAGCGCUUUGACAACAAACACUCAGAAGUCCUCCCUGUCCUACAACAGCCCUGACACCACAGAUUCGAUCCAGUACAACUCUGCGGCUUACAGCUCCACCCAACAGCACAGGGACUCCAUCUCCUCCUCAUCCCAUGGAACUUCGGCUUUCAUCUCCACAGCUGCUGGGAACAUUAAGAAAUCCAAUGCCACGGUUUUGGCCAGUACAGCUAAUGUCUCCAGCACCACGCCUUUGGGUUCUAGCAGCAAGGCAUCAUCCAACUUUGUGCAACCCAAAAAGCCAGAAGUAAACGAUGAUUUGCUCUUUGACUUCUUGAAUAGUUCGGACCCACUGCAGAGCGAAAUAAAGGAGGUCAGAAGAGAAACGGUGUCUAAAGUUUUGGGUCCAACAGGCGGGUCAGCUCAGACCCAGAUGCCCCCUAUUUCUGUGACCGGCGACCUGCAGAUGGGCCCCUCUGUUCCUGCAACCCCAUCCUCCACUCAGGGCCUGUCCAGAAAUUCCAGCCUCGGCUCUCUCUCGAACAGUUCACACAGCGUUAAAACCGAGGAUGGCUCCACUCGGGACCAAAGCCAAGCUGAUGUUCAGGAGAAUUUGAAUCCAGGGCUGGAUGCUCCCACAGAGGCCCAGCCAGCACUGGAGAUCUCACCUCAAGAGCUUCAGCAGCAGCAGCAGCAGCAGGGCCAAGAGCAGGUGAUCUCCAACCUUCGUCUCGAGAACCAGCUUUUACGCAGUGAAGUCUCUUCUCUCAACCAGGAAAUGGCCUCUGUAAUCCAGAGAGCCAAAAACAUGCAGGAGGAGGUGAACCUUGCCAGGGCUCAUGCUGAAAAGUGGAACUCGGACCAGUCUCGCGUUGAUCGCACGGUUCGAGAGCUGAGGGCACAGGUUGAUGACCUCACAGAAGCCCUGUCUGCAAAAGAUGGUCAGCUGGCGGUCCUUAAAGUACGACUGGACGAGGCAGAUCAGCUACUGAAGGCCCGAAACUCCGCCCUGGAGGAAGCUCAGAAUGAGAGGAUCAGGAUUCUUCAGGAUCACAGUGAGGGAAGCAGUCUUCAGUCUCAGGCUUUACGGACACUACAGGACAGAAUAAGAGACGCAGAAGCAGCAGUGAAGAGAGAACAGGAGAGCUACAGACAGAUACAGAGUGAGUUUGCAGCACGACUGGCGAAGGUGGAGACCGAGCGUCAGCAAUUGGCGGAGUCAUUAACAAACGCAGAGCGUCGGGUGACAGAAGAGAAACAGAGAGCUGAGGAACUACUUCAACAGGUCAAGAGCGCCCGAUCCACAGCAGAGUACACCAAACAGGAGCUGCAGGACUACAAAAACAAAGCCUCACGCAUCUUACAGUCUAAGGAGAAGCUGAUCAGCAGUCUGAAGGAGGGCUCAGGUCUGGAGGUGCUGGAGGGGGCUGGGGCUGGGGUUGAACUUGAAGAGCUCCGUCAUGAGAAAGAGCUGCAAAGAGAAGAGAUUCAAAAGCUACAGGCCCAAAUACAGAGCUUACGAACAGAGAUACAGGUACACACGCAAAAUUCCAAAAAUAUACCAUCUCAAUGUAGAGUUAAAGAAUCACAUGCCCAGCAGAUCAGAGCCAAACAGGAAAUAGAGGCAGAAUUGGAGAGAUCCAAACAGGAACUGCAGUACAUUGAAGAAGAGCAUCAUCACACUAAAACCGCCCUUCAGGGUCGCGUCAAAGACAGAGAAGAUGAGAUCCAAAAGCUUAGAAACCAGCUGACCAAUAAGGCUCUGAGCAACAGCGGUCAGGUGGAGCUGGAGGGCCGUUUGCACCAGCUGACAGAGACACUGAUUCAGAAGCAGACCAUGUUAGAAGCCCUGGGCACAGAGAAGAACUCCCUGGUCUUUCAGCUGGAAAGGCUGGAACAGCAACUAAAGAGCCUGCAGGGUGGUCAGAACAGCAGCUCACACAUCAACAUGGCUGCCAUGGAGGGACCAGGUGCUAGGCAGAGGAACACACCAAUCCUGUUUAAUGAUGCAGACGGACCGGGCACAGGAGUGUAUGGGAAGGUUCGUGAAGCGGCCAGCACCAUUGACCGCUUCAGUAUACGUCUAGGAAUCUUUCUCAGACGUUACCCCAUGGCCAGGGUUUUUGUUAUUAUUUAUAUGGCACUACUACACCUUUGGGUGAUGAUUGUCCUUUUGACAUACACACCAGAGAUGCAUCACAAUCAUCCUGAUGGGAGAUAAAGGACUUUCUACCUAUAAUAACAUAUAAUAACCUGUUUGAGCUCAGUAAGGGUUAAUAAAGGUUAAGCUUAGGGAGAUUUCAGGCUGCUGUUCAGUGGCUCAAUAUGCAUUCAUCAAUUUGCACAGACAUGCUGUUGGGCGGUUCUCUCUCUCUUUCUGUUACUUUGCUUCUCUCACAUUUCCCCUUAAUCCACCUCAUUUAUUUUCCUGGCCCAUACAUGAUUGAAUGCUUUCAGUAAAAUUUGGCAUGAGUGUUAAAAGCAGUAUAAAGUGAAAUAUUUAAGGUGUAAUUUAAAGUUGUGGUUUUAUUCAAUUAAGAAUCUCUUUUAUUCAUCUCUGUUUCACGCAAAUGUAAUCAUGACUAUUUUUGUUACAGGAAAUAACAGAUUGAAUUCCUCACACUGUAAAGCAGAUUUAUCUUAAUAAAUAUUAACACAGACAUCA